AUGGCGACAAAAACAAGUGGAACAACAGGGAUGCUUGGAUCCUAUAAUUCAAAUUCAUUACCACAACGAGAAAUUAUUGAAUCUUCAACGUCAUUAAUGAAGAAUGCUAUGAAAAAUCUCAAUAUACGUCCUGGAAGAUGUCCUGUACUUAUUGCUGAUUUUGGUUCAUCUCAUGGAUCAAAUUCUAUGCAUGCUAUGAAAACUAUUAUUAGUUAUAUACAAGAAUUUAAAAAAACAGAUCAACAAUUUUUAUCUGUACACAUUGAUUUACCAACAAAUAAUUGGACAUCAUUCUUUGAUACUUCAAAUGAGCAAGAUAAAAAAAUUUUUUUUAGUUUAGCAACUGGUCAAUCAUUUUAUAAACAAUGUCUUCCACCAAAUUGUUUAACUGUUGGUUAUUCAUCUGGUUCUAUUCACUGGCUUUCUCAAAAACCAUGCAAUAUAACAAACCAUUGUAUAUCUACUUUUGCUAAAGGUGCUGAACUUCAAGCAUUUCAAAAACAAGCUCGUGAUGAUUAUCGCAAUUUUCUUGAAAAUCGUUCACGUGAACUUAUUCAAGGUGGUAUUCUUAUUCUUGUAAUGAAUUGUUUUAAUGAUGAAGGUAUAACUAUGACUGAAAGUGUAUAUCAUAAUUUAUAUAAAUGUGCUAAAUCAAUUUUAUCACCAAAUGUAGAAUUACCUAAUUAUACACUGCCAGUUUAUAUACGUUCAUAUGAUGAAUGUGUCGAUAAAGAAUUAUUUCAUCAAAAUUCAUUUGAAGUAAUUCAUUCAAAUAUGUCAGCCGUUGAUUUUAAAUUUUAUGAACAAUUAAAAAAUAAUGAAAUGGAAUUAAAAGAAUUUUCUGAAAAACAAACAGAAUUUAUACGAUGUGCUACAGACUCCGUAUUAAGAGGAGUAUUAGAAAGUACUGGAAAGCGGUCAAAAGAAGAUAUUGAUCAAUUAUCAAAUAAAUUCUGGAAGUUGUAUAAAGAACACGUUCAACAAAAUCCGGAUGAAUUUGAUAUAAAAUGUUAUCAAACAUAUGUUGUUUUAAAAAAACUAUAA